AUAUAAACCUCUCCGCCCGGAGCUCUUCGCCAAGAAAUCGUCGUUAGGGUUUACUUCCGCCGCAACCUCAAGUCUUCGCAGUCCAGAUUGUGGCUCCGAUUGCUCACUUCAGUCUUUGCGAGGUCUCCACUCUCGCCUCGCGCUUCGUCAAUGGCGUUUUGGGGAGUGGAGGUGAAGCCCGGAAAACCUUACACUCACGUCCACGACCAAGCUCGCGGAAGGCUUCGCAUCGGCCAGGCGACGUUGGGAAAUGGUAAGGCUACCACAAAGAGCGUGGUGCAGUGCAAUGUUGGCAAAAAGAGUCCUGUUUUGCUUUGCAGUUUGAUUCCUGAUAAAACUGAGGCCUGUCCUCUAGAGCUCGAGUUUGAGGAGGAGGGCGAGGUUCUCUUCUCAGUCAUAGGGCCGAGAAGCGUCCACCUUUCUGGAUAUUAUAUUGGCAGUGGCCGGAGCGGCAGGGAUGGUGGAGACGAUACCGAUUCAUAUGGCGAAGAUAUUGGAGUGGACGAUUCUGAGAGCUAUGAGGAGUUUGACAGUGAUGAAGACGAGUAUGAAUCGGACUUCAUUGAUGAUGGUGACAUUGACAUGUUCCCACUCUCUCCUCGUCAUAAAAACAAUGUUGUAAUUGAGGAGAUUGUAGACGAUGAAAAACCAACAAAUCGAAAUAAUACGCGUCGACGUUUGAAGAAAAAGAGUCAAGUGAGUGAUACUGAUAAUGAGGAUGACAAUUCUCAGCUCCAACUGAUUGUCAAGCCUAAGAACACUGCAGUCGUUGAAAGUGAAGAUGAAGAUGGUUUUCCAAUCUCUUCUUUGUUAAGGAAAAAUGUGAACAAGAAUGAAUCUGGAGAUGAGAAAACAGAUAAGAAGACAGUCGAUGAAGACAAGAAAAGAAAGAUUGAUGCAAUUAGUCAAGAGACUGAACCUUCAAGGGGUGUUACUGGUGUUGAGCAGAACCAUGUCCUUGGUGAUAAUGUUGAAACUCAUGUGGGCGAAGGGAAGCGGAAAAAGAAGAAAGAGAAGACUGUGAAGGAGUACAAAGAACUUGCAGAAGAAGCAAUUAAAGGGGAUGCAAAUGCAAUUCCUAAUGCCAAUGGCGUAGAUCAAAAUCACCCCUCUGAAGCUGAGAAACCACUUAAUGAAAAUGACAGAAGCAGUGGCGGUAAAAAGAAGAAGAAUAGAAAGAAAAAAGCUAAAGAGGAAACUGCUCAUGAAAAAGUUGGUGAAGAGACUGGUUUGAACGAAACAGAAAUGAAUCAAGACACUACAGAGGUUAAAUUGGGUUCUGAUAGCGCAGAAGUGGAACAAUCUGUAAGAGAAGCACUGAAUGAUGAGGUUCCUGAUGAUAAAAGCCUCUUGCAAAAAGCCAAGAAGAAGAAAAAGGCAAAGAAGGGCAGUAACCCGCAGAAUGAUUCCAAUGUGAAGGAGCCUGUCAUUGCGCCAGAAGAACAUAAUCAUGAACACAAAACGAGAACAUUUUCAAAUGGUUUGUCUGUAGAGGAGCUCUCUAUGGGCAAGCCUGAUGGGAAGAAAGCUUCUCCUGGGAGUAAGGUUUUGGUAAACUAUGUUGGCAAGCUAAAGAAUGGAAAGAUUUUCGACUCAAAUGUUGGCACAAGACCUUUUAAAUUCCGCCUUGGUGUUGGGCAUGUCAUCAAGGGAUGGGAUGUCGGCAUUGCUGGUAUGCGAAUUGGGGACAAAAGAAGACUCAACAUUCCGCCAUCAAUGGGUUACGGGAACAAGAAUGUCGGAAAAAUACCAGCAAACUCAUGGCUCUACUUUGACGUGGAGCUGGUGGAUGUUAAAUGAACCAACUCCCAUUAAAUGAAUCAAUUUUGUCGAUUGAUACAAGAGGUAUAUUUGUUCUGAUGCCAUACUCUAUAGUUGGUGCCAUCAUCAUCUUAGAACAAAGGCAUAUCUGAGAUAGAAAUUUUGCCGUAUUAACUGGGAAUGGUGAUUUGUGGUCGAACAUUUCUAUCAAAAGACAAGUUUUUUUUUAAAAAAAUUUGUUUUGCUGUUUUUGAUAUGUGAAUUCAGACUUGCAAGUUCUUAAUCAAUUUGUCAUUUUGAUCUUUAAAAUUCACCUUUUCAGUUCUAAGAUAAUCAAAAUAUCUUGUAACUUAAAUCUUGUUAUUUCAUAUUGUAAUCUUCAGCUUAA